GUACACUGUUUCUAAGAAACAAACUCUAGGGUUUCGAAAUCAGAAUUUCUUUGAAUUUCGAGGGAGAGCAGAAGAGGUUAGGCUUUCGAUCUUCCUUUGUUUUGCGGCUGCGAUAUUCUUUCUGUUGUUAAUACUCCGUCUGUUGCUUUCGGUUUGUGCAAACGUGAUGGCGGGGGAGAGAUUCUCCUCCAGGAAAAGGGAUUUUUCUUGUCUUGGGUCGGUGACGGGGAGGUGGCGUGAUCUCUCUUCUCCUGGUUUUCGUCACUACCGAAGGGAUUUUUGCCACGAGGGAGCCAGACGGUGUUUUGAUUCGAGGGAUAGAGAUUUUUGCCGCGAGGGGACCAGGCGGCGAUUUGAUUCGAGGGACAGAGAGAUUAGGUCCCGUGGAGGGUUUUGUUUUGAGUCGAAGAGGGCACGAUUUGAUGGAGGGAUAAGGCAUCAGAGAAGUUCCGAUCAUGGGUUUAAGAAGGCGCGCGUUUGCCAUGUUGAAAAGUCUGAAGAUGAAAAGCUGUUGCCGUUAAAGAAGAGAAUGAGGUUGCGAUUCUCUAUUGUCCUCCCUGAGGCCUCAAAAUCGACCAUGAAAAAUCUCAAUAUGGAAUUCGAUUUGGUGGGUUUGCCGAAGUUAGGGUCACGGCCUUUACUAUUGCCGCCGCAGUUACCGGAGGUUGAAGAGGGAGAGAUUGUUGAAGAAUUACGGAAGCUCCCGCCACUAGUUGUUCUGGAGGGGAAUUGUGUUGCUGUUAAAGCUAAGGCAUUAAUUCAGAGAAACAAGACAACAUCUGAGCCUGUAGCUGCCAUCCCCAGAAGUACAGACCCUCUUCAGAGCUGCACCACCUUGUCUGAAUAUGAAUUACUGAGUAAAAUCAAUGAAGGUGCGUAUGGUGUUGUUUAUAAAGCCAUUGAGAAGAAGACUGGAAAAGUUAUGGCAUUGAAGCUGAUGAAGCACAGAAAAGGAGAGACUGGAUUGCCACCAGCGGCUUUGAGGGAGAUCAAAAUCUUAUUCUCCUUAAAGCACCCAUCAGUUUUGAAUGUUAAGGAAGUAGUAAAGGGUGAGGCUGGUGAUUUCUACAUGGCUAUGGAGUUCAUGGGGCAGGAUCUAUGCCAAUUCCUCAAUUCACGAAAGCAGGGUUUAAGCACUGCUGAGGUAAAGGGGUUGAUGCUUCAGUUGUUGGAGGGAGUUUCUUAUCUUCAUCAAAAUAAGGUUCUUCAUAGAGAUUUGAAGACAUCGAAUCUGUUACUGAACAAUGAGGGCAAGCUGAAAAUAUGUGAUUUUGGGCUGUCUUGUCGCGAAAGAAAUGACGGGAAGCCACUGACAUCUUUGGUGGUGACACUGUGGUACAGAGCACCGGAGCUUCUCCUGGGAACUAAACAGUAUUCUAAAGAGAUUGACAUGUGGUCAGUUGGGUGUAUAUUGGCAGAGUUGUUGAAGAAGGAGCCCCUUUUCAAAGGGAAAUCAGAACUUGAUCAGUUGAACUCCAUGGUGAAUGUUCUUGGGACACCCACUGUGAAGAACUGGCCUGGUUUAUCUAGCUUGCCAGGGGUCAGCAACAUUACUUUUGCGAAGCAGCCUGAGAAUAAGUUGAGGCAAAAGUUUCCGGUUCUAUCUAACUCAGGGCUGGAUUUACUCCAGAAGCUUCUGACAUAUGACCCGAGGAGGAGGAUCGCAGCAAAAUCUGCAUUGAACCAUAGCUGGUUUAGGGAGUUCCCUCUCCCCAAGCACAUGUCUAUUGGCGUAGGCUAAGGAACCUUGAUGCAGACUUUUAAGAAUUGUUAUCAAUAGGUUGUAAUUCUUUGAUUCAUGAAUGAAUUAUAUGAUGUCUAUUCUUUUGCAUGAAAUAUGCGCAAUUUAAAUGUUGAAUUUGAGGUAAGAAAAUGUUAUUACUAGC